AUGGGGAGACUCGUCCUGUACACCUAUGCCCUGGCGCUUGCCUUUACCUGGACCCUCAGUGCAGAGGCCAAGAUAGCCCAUACCCGCAAUCAUGUCAACAACAUUUGCAGCACCUGGGGCAAACACCACUUCAAGACCUUCGAUGGGGAUGUCUACCAGUUCCCUGGCAUGUGCGAGUACAACCUGGCCUCUGACUGCCACCAAUCCUACCUGGAGUUCUCUGUGCACAUGAAGAGGGCUCAGGUGGACAGUCACCCCAUCAUCAGCCGAGUGGUAGUCACUAUUAAGGACCUGGUCAUUGUGGUCACCAAGAAUCAGGUGAUUGUGAAUGGAGAGAGAGUGGUCCUGCCACAUUACAGCGCAGGAGUCUUGUUGGAGCGCAAUGCUGUCUACACCAAACUCUCCGCCAAACUAGGGCUCUACCUCAUGUGGAACAGAGAGGAUGCUAUCACGCUGGAAUUAGACUCCAAAUACAAAAACCGUACCUGUGGCCUGUGUGGGGACUUCAACAGCAUUUCCUUCUACUCAGAGUUCCUCCAGGGGGGUCACCGGAUAAGUGCUGUUGAGUUUGGGAACCAGCAGAAAGUCCACAUCCCCACAGAAUACUGUGAAGACCCUUCUGAAGAAGAGGAGGAAUCUGCAGAUGCUGCUGGCGAGGGUGAUACAUGUGCCAAGUUUGUGACCAGUUGUGCUGAGCUCCUGCAUGCUGAGGCCUGGGAAUCCUGUGCCAGUGCCCUGAGUCCACAGCCCUACCUUCAGGCCUGUGCCCAGGACAUGUGCAGCUGUGGAGACACACCAGACGACUUCUGCGUCUGCAGUACCCUGGCUGAAUACUCACGGCAGUGCUCCCAUGCAGGGGGAACACCACCCAACUGGAGGAGCCCCACCUUCUGUGCCAAGCAGUGUCCCUAUAACAUGGUGUACUCCGAGAGAGGCUCUCCCUGCAUGAAUACCUGCACCCACAUCGACACAAGCCUGCUGUGUGAGGAACAUCUUUUGGAUGGCUGCUUUUGCCCUGAAGGAAUGGUGUUUGAUGAUGUCUCUGAGAGAGGCUGUAUCCGCCAGGAGCAGUGUCAGUGUGUGCAUGAUAAAGCCUACAACUCCGGGGAUGUGCUCCGACAGGAGUGUGAAGAAUGUAUCUGCUACCAGGGGAAGUGGUCCUGUAAGAGUCUGCCAUGCCCUGGAAUGUGUGCUGUGGAGGUGGGGUCACACCUGACUACCUAUGAUGGGAAAGCCUUUACCUUUCAUGGAGACUGCUACUACAUCCUAACCAAGGACUGUGUUGGGUCAAAGUUUUCUGUUUUGGGUCAGCUGGUUCCUUGUGGUGCCCAGGAACUGGACACCUGUCUGAAAUCAGUGGUGCUGUUGCUGAAUAAUGACAGGAACAACGCUUUGGUCUUCAAAGCAGAUGGGAAAGUGAGUCACAAUGCAGAACUCAGUUUGCCUUACAGUACAGCUAAUGUGAAUGUGUUUAGGCCCUCCUCCUUUUACAUCCUGGUUCAGACGGAUUUUGGAUUACAGCUGCAGAUUCAGCUCAUUCCCAUCAUGCAAGUGUACGUGACCCUGGACCAUGCUUACCAGUCAAAAACAUGUGGUCUGUGUGGAAACUUCAACAUGGUUUUGCAUGAUGAUCUGAAGACGCCGCAGGGUCUGGUGGAGGGCACAGCUGCAUCCUUUGCUAACUCCUGGAAGGCCCAAGCCAGCUGCCCUGAUAGGACAGAGCGACUGGACCACCCCUGCUCCUUCAGUGUAGAAAAUGAAAACUAUGCCGAACACUGGUGUUCAUUACUAAGGAGUCAAAAGAGUGAGUUUGCCAAGUGCCACACUAUGGUAGACCCAGAAAUUUACUACAAGAGGUGCAAGUACUCCAGCUGUAACUGUGAGCACAGCGAGGACUGCCUCUGUUCCAUGUUCUCCUCCUAUGUGCAUGCCUGUGCUGCCAAGGGUGUGGACCUGCAAGGCUGGAGGACAAAUGUCUGUGAGAAGUACACAGGAAGCUGCCCUACAUCCCAGACUUUCUCAUACCAGUUGCAGCAGUGCCAGCGCACUUGCCAGUCUCUGAGUUCUGAGUGGGAGGGCUGCUCCACUGACUUCCUGCCAGUGGAUGGCUGCUCAUGUCCUGAUGGACUUUAUCAGGAUGACAGGGGUGUCUGCAUUCCGAUGGCCAAAUGCCCUUGUUAUCACAAUGGCUGUCCCACUCCCAAAGUCUACUUCAGCUGCUCCACUGCUAAACCUGGGGAGCGGGGACUGGAGUGCGCACGCACCUGUAGGAACCUGGAUAAUGACUGUUUCCCCACUGAUUGUGAGUCUGGCUGUCAGUGUCCCAUUGGAUUAGUUGAUGAUGGGAGAGGGAACUGUGUGAAAGAGAACGACUGUCCAUGUCCCCAUGAUGGACACUUCUACGCCCCAGGAAGACAAAUUCAAGUCCAGUGCAACACAUGCACAUGCAAAAGGGGAGUAUGGGAGUGCACAGAGAAGAAGUGUGCUGGUACCUGCAUCAUUUAUGGCAGUGGCCAUUACAACACCUUUGAUAAGCAGAGGUUUGGGUUUCAUGGACAAUGUAGUUAUGUGGCUGUGCAGGACAAAUGUGGCAAUAAGACAGGCAGUGGCAAUUUUCGAGUGAUCACUGAAAACAUACCCUGUGGAUCUACUGGCACCACUUGUUCAAAAUCUGUUAGGAUUUACCUUGGGAGAACAGAGCUGAAGCUGUCUGAUGGCACAUAUAAAGUGGUAAACCACAAAACAGGACCACUGGUGAAGUACACCGUGAGGAGUGUCGGCUUAUAUCUGGCUGUGGAGUCCACCAUUGGGCUUGCACUGCUGUGGGACCGCAAAACAACAGUGCGUAUCAUCCUGGAAGCAGACCACAUGGGAGAGGUAUGUGGUCUAUGCGGGGACUUUGAUGGAGAUGCGAAGGAUGACUUCACCACACAGGGACAGCUGGUUGUGAGCAGCCCUCUGGAAUUUGCCAACAGCUGGAAAGUUCUGAGUACCUGUCCUGACUCAGGCACUAACCAUGAUCCAUGCAGCGAAAGACCACAUCGUCACCCAUGGGCAGAACUGCAGUGCUCUAUCAUUAAAGGCAACACCUUCAAAGACUGCCAUGAUAAGGUGGAUCCUGCUCCGUACUAUGAGAACUGUGUGAGAGACUCGUGUGCCUGUGACAGUGGUGGAGACUGUGAGUGUUUCUGCACAGCCGUGGCAGCAUAUGCACAGGCUUGCAAUGAGGCUGGAUCCUGUGUCACCUGGAGAACACCAGAAAUCUGCCCUGUGUUUUGUGACUACUAUAAUGCACCACUGGAAUGCAAGUGGCAUUACAACCCCUGCCACACCCCCUGCUAUAAGACCUGCCUCAAUCCACAAGGCAUCUGCAGUAAUCCUCUCCCCAACCUGGAAGGCUGUUACCCUGUGUGUCCACCUCAUAAACCCAUAUUUGAUGAGAAAACCCGAAUUUGUGUGGAGGAGUGUGAUGGCUGUUACCUCAAUAACACCUUUUAUCAGCCAGAGGAUGAGUACUACACUUUCCACUACAACAACAGAACCACCAACACCAUCCCCAUCUACUACAGCCACACCAUCUACACUAUCUCCAACAACACCUACCACCACACCAACAGAAACACCAACAUCCUCAUCUCCUACAACACCUACAUGUCCUACACCAUCUCCAUCUCCAUCUACCAUAACCACACCAUCUCCAAUGACACCAACCACUACCCCAGCAGAAACACCAACUGUCACUACAACCAAAGCUAUCACUACAACAACAGAACCACCAACACCAUCCCCAUCUACUACAACCACACCACCCACACCAUCUCCAUCAACACCGACCACCACACCAAAAGAGACAACAAAAGUCACUGCAACCAAAGCUACAACUACAACAACCACACCACCAACACCAGCUCCAUCUACUACAACCACACCACUCACACCAUCUCCAUCCACUACAAUCACACCAGCAACACCAUCUCCAACAACGCCUACCACCACACCAACAAAUGGUAUGAUGUAGAUAAGCCCUCGUCCAAAAAGGGGGAUUGGGAAACGUAUCAAAAUAUUACAGCCAGUGGUGAAAAGUACAUGUCCUACACCAUCUCCAUCUCCAUCUACCAUAACCACACCAUUUCCAAUGACACCAGCCACUACCCCAGCAGAAACACCAACUGUCACUACAACCAAAGCUACAACUACAACAACAGAACCAUCAACACCACCCCCCUCUACUACAACCACACCACCCACACCAUCUCCAACAACAUUCACCACUACACCAACAGAAACACCAACAAAACACCAACAGUGACGACAACUAAAGCUACCACUACAACAACAGAACCACCAACACCACCCCCAUCUACUACAACCAUACCACCAACACCAUCCCCAUCUACUACAACCACACCACCAACACCAUCUCCAACAACACCUGCCACCACAAAAACAGAACCACCAACAGUCACUACAACUAAAACUACCACUACAACAGAACCACCAACACCAUCUCCAACAACACCUACCACCACACCAACAGAAACACCAACACCCUCUACUACUACACUUUCCACUACAACAACAGAACCACCAACACCAUCCCCAUCUACGACAAACACACCACCAACACGAUCUCCAACAACACCUAGCACCACACCAACAGUCACUACAACUAAAGCUACCACUACAACAGAACCACCAACACCACCCCCCUCUACUACAACCACACCACCCACACCAUCUCCAACAACACCCACCACUACACCAACAGAAACACCAACAGUGACGACAACUAAAGCUACCACUACAACAACAGAACCACCAACACCAUUGCCAACAACACCUACCACCACACCAACAGAAACACCAACAGUCACUACAACUAAAGCUACCACUACAACGACACAACCACCAACACCAUCCCCAUCUACUACAACCACACCACCCACACCAUCUCCAUCAACACCGACCACUACACCAAAAGAGACACCAACAGUCACUACAACCAAAGCUACGACUACAACAACCACACCACCAACACCAGCUCCAUCUACUACAACCACACCACUCACACCAUCUCCAUCCACUACAAUCACACCAGCAACACCAUCUCCAACAACGCCUACCACCACACCAACAGUCACUACAACUAAAGCUACAACUACAACAACAGAACCAUCAACACCACCCCCCUCUACUACAACCACACCACCCACACCAUCUCCAACAACACCCACCACUACACCAACAGAAACACCAACAGUGACAACAACCAAAGCUACAACUACAACAACCACACCACCAACACCACCUCCAUCUACUACAACCAUACCACCAACACCAUCUCCAACAACACCUAGCACCACACCAACAGUCACUACAACUAAAGCUACCACUACAACAACAGAACCAUCAACACCACCCCCCUCUACUACAACCACACCACCCACACCAUCUCCAAUAACACCCACCACUACACCAACAGAAACACCAACAGUGACGACAACUAAAGCUACUACUACAACAACAGAACCACCAACACCACCCCCAUCUACUACAACCAUACCACCAACACCAUCCCCAUCUACUACAACCACACCACCAACACCAUCUCCAACAACACCUGCCACCACAAAAACAGAACCACCAACAGUCACUACAACUAAAACUACCACUACAACAGAACCACCAACACCAUCUCCAACACCUACCACCACACCAACAGAAACACCAACACCCUCUACUGCUACACUUUCCACUACAACAACAGAACCACCAACACCAUCCCCAUCUACGACAACCACACCACCAACACCAUCUCCAACAACACUUAGCACCACACCAACAGUCACUACAACUAAAGCUACCACUACAACAGAACCACCAACACCACCCCCCUCUACUACAACCACACCACCCACACCAUCUCCAACCACACCCACCACUACACCAACAGAAACACCAACAGUGACGACAACUAAAGCUACCACUACAACAACAGAACCACCAACACCAUUGCCAACAACACCUACCACCACACCAACAGAAACACCAACAGUCACUACAACUAAAGCUACCACUACAACAACACAACCACCAACGUCAUCUCCAUCCUCUACAACCACACCACCAACACCAUCACCAACAACACCUACCACUACACCAACAGAAACACCAACAGUGACGACAACUAAAGCUACCACUACAACAAAACCACCAACACCACCUCCAUCUAUGACAACCACACCACCAACACCAUCUCCAGUCACUACAACUAAAGCUACCACUACAACAACAAAACCACCCACACCAUCUCCAACAACACCCACCACCACACCAACAGAAACACCAACAAACCACCAACACCACCUCCAUCUACGACAACCACACCACCAACACCAUCUCCAAACUACCCACACCAUCUCCACCUACUACAACCACACCACCAACACCAUCACCAACAACACCUACCAUUACACCAACAGUCACUACAACAAAAGUUACCACUACAAUGACAGAACCACCAACGUCAUCUCCAUCCUCUACAACCACACCACCUACACCACCUCCAACAACACCUACCACCACACAAACAGAAAAACCAACACCCUUCACUACUACACCUUCCACUACAACAACAGAACCACCAACACAAUCCUCAUCUACUACAACCACACCACCAACAUCAUCUCCAACAACACCUGCCACUACACCAACAGAAACACCAACACCAUCUCCAUCUACUACAACCACACCACUCACACCACCCCCAUCUACUACAACCACACCACCAACACCAUCUCCAGAAAAACAAUAUUCAAUAUGACAGAUAUUGGAUCUGGCAUAUGUCUUACCAUGAUAUGCUCUGCUACCUGUGAGAUACAGAAUAGCACAAAACCAUGCCCCACACCCUCCACCAUGCCUCCCCCCACCCCACCUGAAUGUCCAGAGUGGGACAAAGUGCAAAAUGAAACCUUCCUGCUCUGUAAUUGCACAAUGGCAAGGUGCAUUGAGAACAACACCAUUGAAAUAAUUCCAUAUGAGUGCCCUCCUCUGGAAAACAUUACCUGCACAAAUGGCAAGAAACCAGUUCUGGUGUAUGAUGAGAACUACUGCUGCCAGCAUUAUGUGUGUGACUGCUUCUGUGAAGGCUGGGGAGACCCUCAUUACAUCACCUUUGAUGGCCUGUUCUAUAGCUUUCAGGGAAAUUGUACAUAUGUUCUGAUGGAGGAGAUCAGGGCCUUGUACAAUCUUAAAAUUUACAUUGACAAUAUCCAUUGUGAUCCUGAGGAAGACGUGUCAUGCCCACGGGCCAUCAUUGUUUCUUAUGACAAACGGGUCAUCACCCUCAAAAAUCACAACCUCAUUGGUGCGGCUAAAAUGGAGGCUAUUAUGAAUGGAGCUACAUUGCGUCUUCCAUUUACAAGCAAUGGCAUCAAGGUUCUGGCCACAGGGAUCAACCUGGUCCUCGAGAUCCCUUUUCUGGGGGUUGUGGUGACCUUUGGCGUUACGGGUUUCAGUAUCAAUUUGCCCUUUAAACAUUUUGGCAACAACACACAUGGACAAUGUGGAACAUGUAACAACAACCAGGCAGAUGACUGCAUGCUGCCUGGGGGGCAGCUGGUGGAGGACUGUGCUGUUAUGGGAGACUACUGGCCUGCUACAGACCUAUACCAUCCCAAUUGUCCUGCUCCACCUUCACUGCCCACCAGCUCACCAGGCCCCUCACCCACAAACAAACCCUGCAACCCCAACUCCAUCUGUGAGCUCCUCAAGAGCAGCCUGUUUGCAGAAUGUCAUCCGCAUGUCUCUCCCGAGCACUUCUACCAGGGCUGUGCGUUUGACAGCUGCCACAUGAGCAACCCCAGCGUGGAAUGCACCAGCCUGCAGAGCUAUGCUGCAGCCUGCUCCCAGUUUGGCAUCUGCCUGCAUUGGAGGAACCACACUGACAAAUGUGCAAGUAAUUGCCCAGCAGACAAGGUCUACAAGCCAUGCGGCCCUGCUGAACAACCAACUUGUGACGACACGUAUGAUCCUUCCAUGAGUUUCAUGACAGAAGGCUGCUUCUGCCCUGAUGGCAUGAAGCUCUUCAACAAGGAGUCUGCGGUGUGUGUGGAGAAAUGUGGAUGCUUGGAUCCCAGUGGUGUGCCGCGAGAGUUCAAUGAGAUAUUCCAAUACAAGUGCCAAGACUGCAUUUGUGAUGAGGCCACUAAAACAGUGAUAUGUAAGCCCUUGGUGUGCCCAGACUCUGAAGUGGUAAACUGUAAUGGGCCUGGUUUCAUAGUCGUCAAUGAGACUGACCCCUCAGAACCCUGCUGCUCCAGACUCUUCUGCCGCUGUGACAGCAGCACUUGCCCCAGCAUAGACACCAGCUGCAAUGUGGGAUACACUCCUGUGGUCAGUGUUCCACAGGGAAAGUGCUGCCCAGAGAACAAAUGUGAGCCAAAGAAGGUCUGUGUUCACAAGCAUGUUGAAUACCAGCCUGGAGCAUCAGUGCCAAUGGCAGUCUGCCAGGAAUGCACCUGCACCACCGAGGUGGACCCCCGAACUGGCCUCUACAAAAUCCGCUGUGCGUUCCAGACCUGUAACGAGGAGUGCAAGCCAGGGUUCCAGUACAUGGAGACAGGUGAGGAUGAAUGCUGUGGCAGGUGUGUGCAGACCCACUGUGUUGUCCAGGUCAAUGGCAUCACACAGCUUCUUAAGCAUGGACACACCUGGUCCCCUCCUGGAAACAGGUGUGAGGUAUAUGGCUGCGUGAGGAUUAAUGGUACCUACGUCUCUACGCGUUCCAACAUCCAGUGCCCGCCCUUCCAUGAGAGCAACUGUCAGCCAGGAACCAUUCAGACUGCUGCUGAUGGCUGUUGCCGGGUCUGUGUAGAGAAGGAGAGGGCCUGCAAGGUAGAAACCGUAACAGCCUACAUCACACAAGACACCUGCCAGUCUGUGGAGGAGGUGCGCAUGACAUACUGUGAGGGAGCCUGCAACACCUACACCAAGUACUCCGAAGAGGCAGCUGUCAUUCAGCACUCCUGCACCUGCUGCCAGGAGUCCCGCACCAGCAACCGCACCAUCAACCUGCGGUGUCUGAAUGGAGACCUGGUGCCUUAUAGCUACAUACACGUGGAGGAAUGCAACUGCAGAGCCACUGACUGCCACCGCACCCGUGCAACCAAACUGACUCCGCCCAAGCACCACAGCCACCUGCUCCCUCAGGUGUGA